GCUCCGCAGUUUCAUCUUUCCAUAAUAACACACGCUUCCGCAUCAUAUAAAAGUACUCUCAAUCUAAUUUACCAUUAACCCCUUAACACACCUCCUUCUACCGACUGCGUGCGAAUCACAACAAAGAACAAAAAAACACAAAGCCGCGAAAUAAUAUACCUUCCAGAAAGAGAAAACCGAAAGCAAAAAGAAAAAUGAAGAUCACGGCUCUGUUGGUGCUAAAAUCCACCGGCGAUGGUUCAGAAUCGGUGUUUCUCGCAAACGCUUCCGAUGUGAGUCACUUCGGUUACUUUCAACGAUCCAGCGUUAAAGAGUUCAUCGUUUUCGUAGGUCGUACCGUAGCUAAUCGUACCCCUCAAGGUCAGCGUCAAUCCGUUCAGCACGAAGAGUACAAGGUGCAUGCGUACAACAGAAAUGGACUUUGUGCAGUGGGAUUUAUGGAUGAUCACUAUCCAGUUCGUAGUGCGUUUUCUCUUCUCAAUCAGGUGCUGGAUGAAUAUAUUAAAAGUUUUGGUGAAUCAUGGAGAAGCAUUCAGGCAGACAGUACUGAACCAUGGCCCUAUUUGAAUGAAGCUCUUGCGAAAUUCCAGGACCCUGCAGAGGCUGAUAAGUUGUUGAAAAUCCAGAGGGAGUUGGACGAAACAAAAAUCAUCCUUCACAAGACCAUUGAUAGUGUGCUUGCACGAGGGGAGAAGCUGGACAGUUUAGUUGAGAAGAGUUCUGAUUUGAGUGCAGCAUCGCAGAUGUUCUACAAACAGGCCAAAAAAACCAACCAGUGCUGUACAAUAUUGUAAGCUUUAAAGACCGUCCGUAUUAUGCGAGCUCGCCUGAAUCCUGUUCCGACUUUGAUGUUGUUGGAUAGGGUGAAAAUAGCUUCAUAUGUCUAUAUCACUCUACAUUGUUUGUUUUGUGAAAUUCUCUUCCCGAUAUAUGUAUUGCAGAUGGGACCGAAAUAUUGGCCAAAGGUCUUAACAAUGUUGUCAAAUUAACAUUCACAUUUACCUGGUUUGAGAUGCUUACUAUGAUAAAUUAUAGUGCUUUGCAUAUAUAAUUGUUUUUAUGAAACCAUUCUAGUUAAUUUGUAUUGGA